ACACCAUCACUCUGUCGCGCAAAAACUGUGAACCAAAACUGCUCUGGUUGCAAGAUAUUCGGCUUAGAUAACAAGAUAUUACCUGCUACCUCGGCACUUAGCUCUGUCUGCCUUCUUUGAACAUUACUGCUUGAUGAGUGCGGCACACAGCUGGAACAGUUUGGUGAGACAGGUUUAACAUUUAAACACUGAGUUAUCCACAUCAUGGACAUGUUAGGGCUGCUAGACAUCCCUUACUGGCUGCUGCUGACUGUCGUGGUGCUGGCAGCAAUUUAUCUAUACACCACAUGGCCCUACUCAACCUGGUCAAGACUUGGGAUCCCUGGUCCCAAACCUCAAUAUUUCCACGGCAACAGCAAGGAAGUGAUUAAAAAGACCAUGCUGAAAGCUGUUGAUGACUGGAAGACUCAGUAUGGACGCGUGUUCGGCCUGUACUUCGGUAGAAGUCCUAUUCUAGUGGUCAGCGACCUCGACAUUCUGCGAGAGGUGCUCGUUAAGGAAUUCAACAACUUUUCGGACAGAUUUUUUGUUACCGGUGGCACCCGCCCGGCUGUUGUAGACAAAGGACUGUUCUUUGUGGGGGGACCAGCCUGGAAACGCAUCCGUACACUGAUGACACCGGCCUUCACCUCCAGCAAACUGAAACACAUGUGCCAUUACAUUCAGCGUUGCAGUCGAAUUUUGGAAGAAAUUCUAGUAGAGAAAAGCCGCCGAGAGGAGCCCAUCGAUGUGAAAGCUGUGUUCGGCGCCUUCACUAUGGAUGUGAUCGCAGGAACAGCAUUUGGACUGGAGACCAACUCCCAGACAAGGGAGGACGAACCGUUUGUCGUCAACUGCAGGAAGUUCUUUGGUAAACUCAAUUCAGGCGGCUCCGGAUGGGUGCUCAGAAUUGUUGGUGUCUUCCCGUUCCUCGCGCCGCUCGUGCAAACUCUAGGACUGACGGUGUUUGCGGAGGAAGAAGCGGACUUCUUUCUGCAGUCGGUGUACGAGAUGGUCGACGAGAGGAAGAAAGCCUCGAGUGACAGGAAGAAGCGAACAGACUUCCUGCAGCUUCUGGUGGACGCAGAGGCAGACUCCGACCAAGUUGCUGACAGUCGAGAUGGCGAUGGCGAGGAGAAAAGCUACAAACGCAUGACGAGGGAAGAGGUAGCUGGCCAAGGUUUCGUGAUCCUGAUGGCUGGUUAUGAGACGACAUCGACGACAUUGCAGUUCCUGACCUACAACCUCGCCCUGCAUCAGGACGUGCAGCAGCGAGUGUACGAGGAGAUCAUCGACACCAUCGGUGAUGCGGACCCAACUUACGACAACGUGGGCGGACUCAAGUACCUGGACAGUGUCAUCCAUGAGACUCUGCGCUUGUUUCCGCCUGUGGCCAUGAUCAACAGGCGAGCACGGCAGACGACUAGAAUUCUGGGAUGUGACCAUCCCUGCUGGCUGUGGAGUCGAUGUCCCCAUCCACAAUAUUAUGCACGAUCCAGAAUUCUUUGACGACCCGGACAAAUUCAGACCUGACAGGUUCAGCGAGGAGAAUCGCGUCCGAAUGAACCCCAUCCUACUGGAGUUAGUGUUUGGCUACGGCCCUCGACAGUGUAUCGGCAUGCGACUGGCUCUCAUCGAGAUUAAGUUCGCUGUCGUCUACUUCUUACGUCGCUUGAGGUUCCUGCCCGCGGACAACACGCCGACCUACAAUCAGCUAAAGCAGCCAGGUCCACCGGCAUCAAAGGUCAUCAGACUCCGGGCAGAAGCACGUGCAUAGCCCCAUAAUGCAACACUGAAUCACACGCAGCAGCCGCAGCAGCGCUUAUCUUUAUUUAUUCACACAUCCUAUCCUCGGUUAAAAAUAACUUUAGGAGAUUCAGCUUCUCUGAUGUUUCCUUUCCUUCCAAGCACAGCAUGAAGACAAAGGCUUGAUGUCUUAUUCGAGAGUUCAUUGACUUCAUUUCGACACACAUUGACUCACGCACUCAUGUACCUCCGUACACGCACCCACACAGAGAAAAUGAGAAAGGUGGCAGGUGAGCGAGUGAGUCUUAGUCAUCGGUAAUAAGAGGAUAUCAUGUUGAGUUACAUUCAUAUAACACUUGUUUGAAAUCUCGUACACUUUGUCUUGCUUGAGUGUCAAAGUUGAUAAUCAGAUGACAAAUAAAGGCAACCAGAAUAAA